GAUCAACGCAAGAUUCUAACUCUCUUAACCGUGCGGUUGUUGCUGUGGUUGAGACAUUGAGCUCUCGUUUACUUACCACUUCUUUCUUUCCCCUCUCCCUUUCAUUCCCCCUGUCUUAGCUCAUAUUUGCACUUCAGUCAAUCGAUAAAUACAUGCAAAAUCUCUCUUAUUGAUUUCGCAAGUGGGGUCAUUAAUCUUCCCGCUGCAUUAUCCCUAUACCCACCGUCAUCUUUGGCAUCAGAUUGUGACCGUUCCGUGCCUGUCAAUAAUCCGCUUUUACUACUUUACUUAUCAUCGUCCUACAAGACACAGCAAUUCCAUAACCUUUGCUGCCUUUCUCCCUACCUCUUUGCCUAGACAUACUGCAACGCUCUUCUGCAUAUCUUCCCUUUACAACCACAUACCAUAUCACUCUGAGGGUGGUCUCCAACUUGCAGUACAGUCUGCACACUCACAAUGCGAGGGUUGGGGCUUCUGACUCUCGCUUCUUUGGCAGCUGCAAAAGCUCUGCAUUCCCGGCAGACAGCCUGCAACAACUCUCCGUCUCUGUGCUCCAAAUCCUACGGUGCGAUUACUCAUCUAGGUGCACAUGAUAGUCCAUUCCUCCGCGAUGGAUCCACGGAUUACUCUACCUUUGGAGACCAGUACUACAAUACUACACUACAACUUGAGGCUGGUGUGCGUCUCGUGUCGGCGCAAGUCCACAAGUCGAAUUCGGAGUGGCAUUUGUGCCAUACCAGCUGUGACUAUCUAGAUGCAGGCAAGCUAAGCACAUGGCUAUCGGAGAUCAAAACAUGGCUAGACUCCAACCCGAACGACGUGGUAACCGUCCUGUUGGUCAACUCGGACGAUGCAACAGCGUCCGAUCUCCAUUCGGAGUAUGAGACAGCCGGCAUUGGGAACUAUACCUACACUCCUACCUCGCAGACCUCUGCACCCAGCUCGUGGCCAACACUACAGGAGCUCAUCGACGACGGCACUCGAUUGAUAUCAUUUGUCGCAUCGCUAAGCGCCUCAAACAACACGGUGGCACCAUACCUUAUGGACGAAUUCACCUAUCUCUGGGAGAACCCUUACGAUGUGACCACGGCCUCGAAUUUCUCUUGCACGCCCGAUCGUCCAUCGACCGUCAAGAACGACUUGUCCGCUGCUCUUUCGUCCAAUCGGCUACCGUUCAUGAACCAUUUUCUUUACCAGACAACGAUCCUUGACAUCGAGUACCCAAAUGUUAGCUAUGUGGACACGACUAACGCCCCAUCCGGCGGUACAGGCAACCUCGGUGACGCUGCGAAGAAGUGUAAGAGUGCCUACAACGGCCGCCAGCCGACUUUCAUCCUGGUGGACUUCUUCAACAAGGGCCCCGCGAUCACGACUGUAGACAGCCUGAACAAUGUCACCGACGCGACCGGCCGCGCCAACCUCACGUCGACCACUCAAACGAGCUCCGCCUCCACAUACUCAAAUGUGUUCAAGGGACUGGUCGAAGUGGUUCAGAAAGCAAUGGAUGGAGCAAACCCCAGUAUGGGCGAGUGGAUUUGGGCUGGCGGGGACUGGGGCAGCUUGCUGGGCGGUGGAAUCGCCAUGUAAGCCUGUCACGCUCCUUCACCUCUUCCGUUCAACUCGAAAUCCCAUCCCUUGAUCUCUACCUUAUUCGAGUCAACAGCAUAUCUACCGUUAUUAUCAUUAUCGGCAAAUGCAAGCUUAGCGCUUCCUCAUUUCUUGGAAUUCUCGGAUGAACCUUAUGACGUUCCUUUGCUUUUACGAUGGCUGGCAUGCGACUGGACCUAGAUACGGCGUUUUUUUUUUUUUUUUUU